AAGCAGUAGCCAACCACUCCCUUUAUUAUUCCAAAUCCUCCAUAUCGCCUCCUCGUAUUCUCUCUCUGCUAUGGUUACUCCAAUCCAACAGAAAGCUCAAAAAACCAAACCCAGAUCAAACACCUGCUUUCUUCUUCAUUGCUUCGGGGCGUCCAAGAAAGUAGUAGAUUCCGAGAAAGUUGUCCAAUCUGACAGUAAUAAUAGCAAGAAAGAUAUUGGUUUGUUUCGUCGUCGGUCAAUCUUUUGCAUGGAAAUGCCUAAUAACAAAACAGUUCCUAUAGCUGAAGCUACAGAUCAUAAUCAGCCUAAUACCGACGUUCAUACACCAAAAUCCAAGAAGUCGAAAUGGGUUCUUUGUAAGCUCUUGAUCAAGAAACAUCAGAAUUCGAUCGUCAACAUCACGCCGUUUGAAGAAACUCCUGCAGUCCCGAAAGAAAUAGUUGAAGUGGUGAGGGCGGAGGAAUUCCAACAAAAUCGCACCAUUACUGAGGAUCAGAAAUCAUCUGAAGACAACUGUCAAAAGACAGUAUCAAAUCAGCGGAGAAGAGAGGAAAAAAGAACUGGGAUGUCGAGUCAACCCGGUUCUCCUCGAGUUUCUUUGCUGCAGGCUCCGAACCCACCAUCUAAUUCUCGGAUCAAACAGAAAAAGAUUCAUCAGAACAACAAUGUGACAGUCAAAAAAUCCGAACACUUGAUGGGUAUGUCAAUUAUUAUAGUGAUUCUGAUAAUAACUAUAGUUUGGGGGCGCUUAUGUGCGAUUAUGUGUACGUCUGCAUGGUUCUUCUUCGUCGCUCGUUACAAAAGUGAAAGUAAAACUAGUAGUGAUUCAGGUGAUCUUGAUUUGGAUUCUGAAGAGUAUAAGAAGAAAGUGGUUUUCGAGGGUUUUCUGGAAAGAGAUCACAGGGCUAUCCCAAAUUGAUGAUCGUAUUCGCCGUGGAUUGAUGCGCAUGUUAGCCGUGGCAUAUAGUUUUUGCUAAAGUGAGCCAUAUAACAUUUUGUGUAAAUUAGUUAUAAAAUUAUGAGUAACUUUGCCUCAUAAACGCGACGUGUUAACUUAUAAUUGGUUAGCUCACAUAAGUCCCGUCUGCCCAAUAAUAGAUCCCGUUUAAUUAAACCAAUUGUCAGUUAGCACAUGUAGUUAGUGAGAGAUGUUCGUGAGACUAGUAUUAUUGUAGAAUUAUAUACUAGUCUUUCUUCUAGAAGUUUGUUUGGGUUUUCAACUUUUGACUUGAUUCUCACGUGACAUUGUAGAAAGGUACGUGCCAAAAUUAAUUUUAAUAUAAUUCGUUUAUAUUAUAUUA